AUGGAUUACAGUACUAACAUGAGCUGUCUACUGAAAGUUGACACGCAAUCUGGUGGAUGGGAAAAGUGCCUGACCAAGAUGCUGAAAAAAAUCAAAGGAGCAAAGUAUUCUUUAAAUGUCCAAGAAGGAACGCUCCGUGUUUCUGGGAAAGUAAACCCGACGAAAGUACUGAACAAGCUAAAGAAGGCUGGGAAAGUAGCAGAGAUCUUGUGGGUGAAUAGUGGAGUAACUGACGGUGUUUAUUUUGAAGACCCAACCUUGUAUAGUAAUCACUAUAGUCCUUAUAAUAAUGAUUACAAUUAUGUGAACAAUGGUUAUGCAGCUGGAUACCACCUUUCUUCUUCAUACAGCCAUCAUCAUCAGCUUCCUAUCACCCAUCAUUAUCCCUAUGGCGGCCAUGGUUAUGGUGGAUUUUAUUGA